AUGAACUUCUCUGAGAGUUUUUCGGCGUCUAGAGCACUUGUGGCCUACUCUUCUGAUGGUCUUCUCCUAGCCAGCUGUAGUCAGCACCGUCUGGUGGUCCGCGACGUGUCUUCUCUGCAAAUCAUGCACCUCCACACGUGUUUGGAGCCUGUUCAACAACUUCUGUGGUCGCCCGACUCUCUCUUCAUCCUCACAGCCAUGUUCAAGAGAGGCAUCGUCCAGGUGUGGUCAAUAGAGCAGCCUUCGUGGACCUGUAAGAUAGAUGGCGGACUGGCUGGUUUGACGUGGUGUUGGUGGGCCCCAGACAGCAGACAUCUGCUGACACUGGCCGACUUCUCUCUCCACCUCACUCUCUGGUCUCUGGUCAGCAAGUCAGUCUCCCUCAUCAAGUACCCAAAACUUGCACAGGCUGGCCUUGAUUUCUCCCCCGAUGGCUCCUACAUGGCUCUUGCCGAGCGAAGAGAUUGUAAAGAUGUGCUCAGUGUUUUUGAGUGCAGUGGCUGGCAGCUGGUGCAGCAUUUCCCGGUGGCCACCCAGGAUCUGGCAGGCCUAAGCUGGUCCCCUGACGGAGGUCUCCUGGCAGUCUGGGACUGUGUACUGGACUAUAAGGUCCUCCUCUACAGCAUGGACGGACGUUGCCUCGCCACUUACUCGGCAUAUGAACAUGCACUGGGAGUAAAGACAGUGACUUGGGCUCCGUCUGGCCAGUUUCUGGCCAUUGGAAGUUUUGACGAGAAGCUGCGAGUGUUGAACCAUCUCACAUGGCGGACGGUUGCUGAGCACUCUCACCCUGCCAGUGUCGACAGAGCUGGUGCAGUUGUGUACCAGGAGGUGGAAAAUGGAGCUGUCCCUCUCGCCCGCUCCCUGCCUGCCCGACAGAGCCACUUCGAGACUCCUCCGCUGCCUGUAGCUGUCCAAUCCUCUCGACCUAACCCUGAGAAACCCAACCCUCAUCUUGGAGUGGGUGUGGCUUCCUUCUCCCCCGACUCUCGCUACCUUGCCACCAGGAAUGACAACAUGCCCACUGCAGUGUGGGUGUGGAGCAUGGAGGAGCUGCGACUGACUGCCCUUCUUCUCCAGACGUCUCCGGUGAAGGACAUCAGCUGGGACCCCACCCAGCCCCGCCUUGCCAUUGCCACUGGCAACAGCAGACUCUAUCUAUGGUCCCCUGCUGGUAGUGUGAGUGUGUGUGUUCCCGGAAACCCUCCUUCCUCUGUGACACGCCUCGCCUGGCACCCUUCUGGGACAUCACUAGUACUCCUCUCCUCAUCCCACUUCUGUGUCUGUUAUCUCUCUGACAACAACUGA